UGCACAGAGGAGCGCUCCUCAUGAAUGGGAGUCAGAUUCCAUCCGACAGAGCAAGAGAAGAACAAAGAAGAAAAACAAACAUCCACUUUUAAUUAACUGAAUAUUUUAUGAGCGACUUUGACUCAGAGGAAAGUUUCACUGCAGCAGAAGAGACUUUAGGAGACUGAGCAACAUGGAAAACGGCUGUGAGACCAGGAGACCCUAGCAAAGGAAAGGAGGUAAAAGGGCGUCAACGAGGAAACCAUCUGAGGUUGGUUUUACCAGAAGGAUCCUUGUUCCUGCGAUGCCAGAAGAAGCCAAUGAGGACGCCAUGAGAACGCCAGCGACCCCAGAGAAGGCCAACAACAACGAGUGCCCCGCAGCCGCCGCGGUCAACAUCCCCCUGGUCAAUGAAAUCCAGCUGACCGCCGCCACUGGGGGGGCGGAGCUCUCCUGCUACCGCUGCACCAUCCCCUUCGGCGUGGUGGUCCUCAUCGCCGGCAUCGUGGUCACCGCCGUGGCCUACAGCUUCAACUCGCAUGGAUCCACCAUCUCCUACUUCGGGCUGGUGCUCCUCUCGGCCGGACUGGUGCUGUUGGCGUCCAGCGUCGUCUGCUGGAAGAUGAGACUGGAGAGGAAGAAGGAGCGGCGGCGGGAGAGCCAAACCGCCCUGGUCGCAAACCAGAGGAGUAUUUUUACUUGAACCAGCAGGCGUCCUGGUUUUCUGAUUCCGGAAAAUGAAAGCCACCCUGACUUUUUGAGAGUUGGAGAACCAGCUGCAGACAGAUGUUGUCCAGCAUGUGUUGGAUUUCCGACCCGUAAAAAAAGAACUUUGCCGGCAGACUCUCAAGGCCCUGAACUUAAUGCUUUGAACACAUUGUGAGGGAUUUAUUUGUCAAACAGACAGCGAGCAUCUGGCGAGCUGGGAACGCAGCCAGAAGGGAAUGUAUCACAAUUAAGAUGAAUUACCACUGUGCGAAGCGAGGUAGAGGAAGUCUCCCAUUAAUCUACCGCUGGAUGUGGCGGCUUUGAUUGUAAUGGGAGGGAUUGUGGUUUGAAAGGCCCAGGAGAGCAGAGAGGAACUGAAAGACACAGGGACAAUGAUUCAUGCCUCAUUUACUUCACUUCAUCUCUGACAUAUCGGUUUGUGGAGCCUCAGCGAUCAUCUCACAGGGAAUGAUUAGGAACUGCCUGUUAUGGAAGUAUGGUACUAGAUAUGAGGGUUUUGUUAUACAUUUGCAUAUAUAUUCUUACAGCAUAUGUGAUUAGAGGGCACAUGAUGUUGAAGAGAAUAAGUAACCUAAAAUAUAUGUUCUCUUAAAGCACUUUGAUUAUCAUAGUCAUCAUAUUCAGUAUUAAACGUCUAUUAACUAAUAAAGGAGCCGAAGUGAUACAUCCAGAACAGUGCAACCCAGUCGGCACAGAAACAUUUGUAUGUUGUGAAUGUUGACAUUUUUUAAACCAAAAACAAGUUUCAUGUCAGCCUCAGCUAACACUUGGAGAAAUGCACAGUGGGACGUGGUUACUGUUUCGGAACGGUUGGUUAGGUUUAGGCUACAAAACUACUUAGCAACGUAACGUAACAACAUAACGUAAUGUAACAACGUAAUGUAACAACGUAAUGUAACAACGUAAUGUAACAACGUAAUGUAACAACGUAAUGUAACAACGUAAUGUAACAACGUAAUGUAACAACGUAAUGUAACAACGU